AUGGCCGCCGCUGUCGCUACUGACAGUGACCUCAUUAACUUCGACAUUAUAGAAUCGCAUAAAGAGAACAUUCAGUCCUUACCCAGUGGCCGCUCGGCGAAACAGCUGGCGUCGGUCCUCUCACCACUACCCUCAGGCAGACCAGGGGGUGCAGACACAGCACCUACAUUGGAAGAGACGAAGACACUCAAUGAUGCGAUCCGACAAGAAUACGAAAUUGAACUGCAAUCAAUAGCAGAGUCGGACGACCCGCUGGACAUCUAUGACCGCUAUGUCAGAUGGACUCUGAACUCUUAUCCCUCCGCCCAAGCAACACCCCAAUCACAACUCUUACCACUGCUCGAGCGCGCCACAAAGGCAUUUCUUACAUCCUCGCACUACAAGAACGACCCCCGUUAUCUAAAGUUAUGGCUGCAUUAUAUCCGCCUGUUCUCCGAUACUCCUCGGGAGACAUUUGCAUUCCUUGCUCGACAUGGCAUAGGCGAAGGGCUGGGUCUAUUCUACGAGGAGUUUGCAGCCUGGUUGGAAGGCGCAGGGAGGUGGAUGCAAGCAGACGAAGUCUACAAGCUAGGCAUUGAGCGCGAAGCCAGACCUACAGAAAGACUGGUGCGAAAAUACAAUCACUUCCAGCAACGGUUCGAUGCCAGGGCACAGAACGACAAUGAGCCCAGUUCUCCAGCAUUGCCGACUGUUCGACCAGCAUUGGCUGCCAAGAUUGAUCCUUUCGCCUCUGCUCAUACGAGUGAAGAUCCACAAGCAGCUCAGCAACGACGCGCUGCAGCACCCUCGCGUUCAGGCAAGCCCAAAAUGGCCAUCUUCUCAGAUUCCACACAUAUUCAGCAACCUCCUCCAACUGCCGGUGGUGCCAAGGGAUGGGAUAGCAUUGGAUCUGUCAAGGAGCGCAAAAAGGAGAACACCAUCGAAGCUCGACCGUGGGCAGGGGAGAAGCUGAAGGCUGGCGGCAAGGUGGGGGCCGUACCAAAAAUGGAGGUCUUCAAGGAUCCGGCAUUCGCAGUGCCAGCUGAACAGUGCAAGCAUUCGUCGUCCAGGCUAGAAAUGAAGCAAGCCAGCCAGGUUGUCAAUCCACGAACCGGCCGAGCAGAACGAGUAUUUGUGAACCUGGAAGCUGUCUACCCGCCUGAUAGUGAUCUUGAGUUCAGCUUUGAAGAACUUCGAGCUAUGUCGCGUGGCUGGGCGCUGAAAGCACCGAGGCCGCAGAAAGACUUGUCUCCUCUGAAGCCAGCAACUGGCAAUCCAGUCGCAAAAUCCAGAUCCAAGGUCACCAAGUCCCAUGAGCCAGAUGAUAUUGAGAAUCUCACCCACUCAUUUCAACAAAAGGCUGAUCUGAACAAGGAGCCAGACUCGAGCUUUAACGUUUGUGAUGUGUCCACACAGUCAAUGGUCGGCAUGCCUGAGGCUGGCCCUCGAGAAUCUUCACAGCCAGUGAAGAAAGAGAGAAGACUCAAGGUCCGAGAGGUCAAGCAGGAAACUCAGACUGUCAAGACUCGAUUGGAUUCGCCUUCCGGCCGGAAGCUGAAGAGAAAGCACAACCCAGCAGCCGAACCAACAAUGACCUUUCACUCCAAGGCCGCCACGAAUGAGAUCUAUGAUAUGUUCAACCAGCCCCUGCGCAAACCAACAGUAGCCAAAGAUGAUACUCAGAGCGGUGAAGACACCGAAUUCGCCGACGACGAUGGGUAUAGCACCGCGGGCGAGAGUACAGGUACUGGGCGGGUCUCCGCGCCCAGCAGUGAAUUCGGUGACGAUACCUUGGCAUCCAUCCGCAGAGGACAAUCACAGAGUGGAAGCCAAUCUGAAAGUGUCUCUUCUUGGUCCGAAUUCUCUGUCAGCAAGGACAUGCCGCGUCUUGCCAAGGACAAAGCCUCUUCAACCCGAACUGUGAGGAGACACAAGCAAGAAGAUCCAUCUGAGGAGAUGACGGAAAACGUCGACUCGUCCAGCCAGAAUCCCACUCAGACUUCUGGUCUGAUGAGUGGGUUCGACACCCAAGCGAUCGCUGCAAUUGCCGAUGGUGAUUUCGACGAGUUGGACACUAAGGCCAUUGCCCUGAUGGCUGGUGAUGUCGACGCCGAUGCCGAUGUCCCUGUCGAGGGCGUCGACGAUGAGGCAGCCACUGCAGCUGUCGAUGAGGUUGGUAACGACAAAGCCGUUACUGCAGGCACCAACGAGGGCGCAGGCAAAACAGGUCCACCGCGCGUCGCUAGAACCCACAACGAUGAGUCUCUGGUGACCCCUACCGACAACGACUUUCCUGAGCAGGUCGAAAUCCAGCACAAGCCUUGCUUCAUCCCGCUGCCUCCUGUUGACUACGAGCCGACGCCUGCUCGACCAUACCGUGACCCUGCGUUGAUGGCUCAGAACAAACUGCCCUUCAUGACACCUAUUGCAGAACGCACAGAGUCCUCCCUUGCCCCUUCCACCGCUUUCAGCGCUCCAGGCUACUUCGAUGCGAAGACGCCCAGCAGAUCCAAGUAUGACAGUCCGUCAAAGCUGGGGGUCGCAGAUCUCCUCCUGAGCAGCCCACAACAACAGGCAUCGACCCCUACAUCGGCAUCCCCAGCGAAGAGAAAACACGGGGAAGUUGGCGCAACUGAGGACGAAGUGACCACUUCAUCACCGCACAAGAAACCCGUCAGCAAGUCUACCGAGCUGGAAGCCCCACUCGCGUUGUCAAACAUUGACACAGAUGCCGUCUUCAAGGCUCCUGCUCCUUUGUCGACGACCCAAGCGACGACCAGACCACCACUCACAAAUAUCCGCAAAGGCCCCAUCAUACCAGACCUACAGUGCAAUCCAUGUGAUGAUGCCGUCCGCCAACAGAUCCUGACUGCGGUCUAUCCCCCAUUGUCAACCCAGAAGGGUUUUUACGAUCAUUCCACCACCACGUCCGGUCGCUACAACACUCUCAAGUCCUUUGCCGAAAAACAGAUGAAGGCGAAAACGAAGGCCAGCCCACGAAAGAGUCAGAGUGAGAAGACACUUACCAAAGCCGUACCGCCUGUCCUCAAGUUCGAAGGCACCACUCGAAUCUUUGCAGUCAAGCGAGAACUGGGAGAAGGUGCCUUUGCACCGGUGUAUCUGGUGGAUAGCUAUGAUCCUGGAGAAAGCCAAGAGUUGGAUGAAAAUGACAAGGAAAACAAGAGCCCACCAACCUUUGACGGCAUUGCUUCAGGCCGUGAGAAUCUUGAAGCCGUGAAGACCGAAUGUCCUCCUGGCACACUUGUCUGGGAAUUCCAUAUCCUGCGCACAGUCAAGCAGCGUCUUGGUUCUGCAGCUCGCAUCAUGCAGUCAAUCGUCCUUGCUCAUGAAUGCCACCUCUAUCGUGACGAAGCAUUCAUCAUUCUCCAAUACAGUCCACAGGGAACAUUACUCGACCUCAUUAAUGCUGCCCGAAUCGACAACACCAAAGGCGGAAAGCCAGCUGAGGGCGUUGAUGAGGUUGUCGCCAUGUGGCUCGCCGUUGAGCUCCUGCGGGUUCUUGAGGAUCUCCAUCGCGUGGGAAUUCUCCAUGGCGAUCUGAAGGGGGACAAUUGCCUUGUCCGUUUCGACACUUCCGCCGACCUCACCGCUCCAUACUGCCCCGAAGGCAACCACGGCUGGAACAGCAGAGGCAUCAAAUUGAUCGACUUUGGCCGAGGCAUCGACACCCGCAUGUUCAAGCCCAAUGCACAAUUCAUCGCCGACUGGGAUUCUUGCCCUCAGGACUGUGCAGAGAUCCGCGAGUGUCGUCCCUGGAAAUGGCAGAUUGACUACCACGGCGUCGCGGGCAUCAUGCAUUCUCUACUCUUUGGCAAGUACAUGGACACUGUUCCCGUACCAGGUAGCUCCCUGGGCCCUGGCCAGAAGAAGGCGUGGAAGCUCAAAGAGAGUUUCAAGCGCUACUGGGAGAAAGACGUCUGGGGAGACGUGUUCGCAACCCUCCUGAACCCUGGCUGUGUGGCGGACGGAGAGGAGAUGCCGAUCCAGAAGAAUCUCGGACGUGUGAGGGCGAGGAUGGAAAAGUGGCUAGUUGACGAAGGCGAGAGGGGCGGCCGUGACUUGAGAGGAAGCCUGCGAAAGAUGGAGCGCUUGGUGUGCAAAUGA